CUGGGCUGGGUGAUCCUGGUGGGUCCCUUCCAGCUCAGGAUAUUUUGUGAUUCGAUGAAAAUCCCUAAACUGCAUCAGAAUCACCCAGAAAGUUUUGCAGUUGCAGUAAAGGCGUGAAAAGCUGCUCCUGCUCUCGUCAUUUCUGAAGUGAGAGGGCACAAAGCUAACACUCCCCAGGCGGAUUUUUGUGGGGUCUUCCCAUGACAAAGCACACGACGAGUGGCCGGAUCGCGGUCACGGUGAUGAUCCAGGCAUUGCUUGGAAAUCAGGUCGGCCCGGGGCUUUGCAUUUGUCAUCUCUCACCGCAACACGCCCGGCCCCGGCUCCCGGGCCCCGGGAGAAAGCAGCUCCGGAGGUGGGACAUCAGCGGGGUGCAGGACUUUCUCCUUGGGCCGUGCGGUGGAGCCGGCGUGUCCCGGCAGGACUGGGAGCAGCCCCACGGUCCCGUCCCGCGGCGGGCGUUCCAAGCAAGCCUUUGGUGCGGGUUUCCUGUCCCCUUGGGAACAGCAUGUCCUGCUGCCAGGUCACGGUCAUUUCAGGAAAUGUAGACAGGAUUUUUUUUUUUUCGAUGGAUGACAUCACCAAGUUUUCCAUGCCGGCGUUCGCAGAGCAGUGCGGCUGUGCUGGGAAAAGGGCUGUUGCGGUGCAGUGGGUGGAGCGGUUCCCAUGCCAGGGGAGCUGUGCCCGUGCCAUUCCCGGUGCCGACACACGCAGGGAUGCACUGUCCCCGGCUCGCUGACAGGGAGCAUCCCGCCCUGACGGUGCCCGAGCAGCACCUGGCCCCUCGCCAAGGGCUCGGUGUCCCUGAGCCCCCGCGGCCCUGCCGCGCCCUUCACUUCGACCCCCUCCUCUCCGGCCCCGUCUUCGCAGCCAGGCUCCCGGGAGUCACCUUGGCCGCUGUGUCACUGCUCGGUCACUGCGCCCGGCUCUGACAGCGAGGAUUUCCCCGGCACCGGGUGAAUUCCCCGCAGUGAGAGCCCGCCCAUCCCCGCCCCGCCGGCGCGGCAGGCGGUAAAACCCCGGAGCCCCCGCGCGGGGGGCAGGCAGGCUGGGGACCCCGGGUGACAAAUCUUGCUGCUGUGACCUUGUGCCGAACAAGUUCUCUGCAAAAAGCACCUCGCCGUGACCUCAGUGCGUGCUGCGCCGCGCCUUUCCCCCACACGGCAUUUUUCCUGCGAUCGGCGUCCUGCCGUCUCCGUCCUGCCACCGCCCAUCCUUCCCGGCCGCUGGCCUCCCCUGUCCCCCGAGCCGGCGCCACGGGACGCGAGGUGGCCAUGACACUCUGUGCGCAGUCUCUGGACAUACAGCCAGAACUUUUCGUUCACAUGGCAGCAGCAAACUCUUCUCCACCUGGUUCUCUGGAUCUAAACCAGCCUGGCUUUGCAAAGGAGAUCCUGGGAACUAAACUGGAGGUCAAAUACCUGUGCUCUGAUUGCAAGAACAUCCUGAGGCGGCCGUUCCAGGCACAGUGCGGCCAUCGCUACUGCUCCUACUGCCUGAAGAAAAUCAUCAGUGCUGGACCUCAAAAGUGUGCCAGCUGUAUCCAGGAAGGAAUAUAUGAAGAAGGAAUUUCUAUUUUGGAAACAAGCUCGGCUUUCCCAGACAACGCGGCACGGCGGGAAGUGGAGAGUCUGCCUGCUGUCUGCAUCAACAGCGGCUGCACCUGGAAGGGAACCAUCAAAGAGUACGAGGCUCAUGAUGAAGUCUGCCCUGAAUUCCCGCUGACUUGUGAAGGCUGUGGGAAGAAGAUUCCCAGGGAGAAGUUUCGGGACCAUGUGAAGACGUGUGGCAGAUCCAAAGUACCUUGCCGGUUCGAGGCUGUGGGCUGUGCUGAGGUGGUGGAAAAUGAAAAGCUCCUGGAACAUGAAAGGAAGUGUUUGGCAGAGCAUCUCUACAUGCUUCUGAGCUCUGUGCUCAGCCUCAAGACUGGUGCUGGGGACCUGAAACCCCUUCCUGUUCCUUCCUCAUCACAAAACAGCUCCCCACUUCUGGCAGCAAACUCACUGUGCUCGGAGUCGGAGCUCUCCCGGUCCCUGGAGCUCUUGGGAAGGUGUGAGGCCCUUGAGAGGAAAACAGUUACCUUUGAGAACAUUGUCUGUGUGCUUAACCGGGAGGUGGAGAGAGUUUCCCUGACAGCUGAAGCCUACAGUCGCCAGCACCGGCUGGACCAGGAGAAAAUUGAAACACUGAGCAACAAGGUCCGGCAGCUGGAGAGGAGCAUUGGGCUCAAAGACCUGGCCAUGGCCGAGAUGGAGGAGAAGAUCCGCAGCAUGGAGGCUUCCACCUACGAUGGGGUUUUCAUCUGGAAGAUAACGGAGUUUGCCCGGAAGCGUCAGGAGGCGAUAACAGGCCGCUCUCCUGCCAUCUUCUCUCCAGCUUUCUACACCAGCAAGUACGGCUACAAGAUGUGUCUGCGCGUGUACCUGAACGGGGACGGCACCGGCCGCGGGACCCACCUGUCCUUGUUCUUUGUGGUGAUGAAGGGACCUAACGACGCGCUGCUGCGGUGGCCCUUUAACCAGAAGGUCACCCUGAUGCUUCUGGACCAGAAUAACCGGGAGCACAUCAUCGACGCCUUCCGCCCUGACGUGACAUCCUCAUCCUUCCAGCGCCCUGUCACGGAGAUGAACAUCGCCAGUGGCUGCCCCCUCUUCUGCCCCGUGUCCGUCAUGGAAGCCAAGAACUCCUACGUGCGGGAUGAUGCCAUCUUUAUUAAAGCCAUCGUUGAUCUCACAGGCCUCUAACCCUCCUGACCUUGGAGCAGUGAGCAUGGAACCAGCACUGCCCAGGGCAUCUCCCACUUGUGCUGCACCUCAGGCAGGUCUCAGAGCAAGAGAGAGGAAAAUCCCUUCCUGAAAGGGACCUUUGCUCUGAGUGGAAAUGAGGUGUCUGAUGGGAGCCCUCUUUACUGAGGGUUGGGUGGACACUGGCAGGCUGUGGAAUGUGGAAGAUUCCCUGCAGAGACUUGGAUGUCUGAACUGCUGCUCUCUGGACUCCAGUGGAAACCAGUGCAGCUCUUGCUCUACCAGCUUAGCCGACAUCCACAGCUCUCUGUAGUAAAACAGCGGUUUGCCCUGCCUGAGCUCCACCUCCUGUGGAUUUUGGCUCAGCUGUCUAGGAUUUCCUUCUGAGAUCUCUGUGUUUCUCGAAGCUGUGCCCUGUGGGGUGCCGUGGCUUUGCACUGCUGGUUGCUCCACACCCCGGGAGACAAGGAGGGUGUGUGACAGCUGCAGUGCCAGCUGGGAAAGAGAGACACAGACUGGUUUGAUGCCGUUGCUGUGUUAGGAGGGUGCUGAGCCCAGCUGCAGGGCAGGGGAGCCCUGAGUCCAGCCUUGCUGGGUGUGUGAUGGGUGGUGUGUGCUGGAGUGUGGAAUGGGGCAGGAGGUGCUGCUGCCCAGGAGGGACCUUGAGGCAGCACCAGGGAUGCCUUUGGGGAAGAAGUGAAUCUGUUGUAGAGAUUGUCCCUCCUGUGCCAGGAGAGGAGGGUGACAGAGCUCGGUGUGCACCCUGAGAGUUCCACGCCCUGCCCCUCUCUGCCCUGUGUGCCGAGCAGCACUGGGUGGGAUGGGUGCUGUGCUGGGAGCUGUCUUUGCUCAUAGGCAAAGACAGAGAACUGGCUUCGUUCCCACGGUGGGACAGCUCCACCAGCCUUCCCAGGGCUCCUGCUGCUGAGCUCCACAUCCAUCUGUGGCUGCCCUGUCCUGUCUGUCUGGGCACUGCAACCUUGGGCUGUGGGAUGUGUACUGUCUGCCCAUGCAGUGGGCACUGCUGGCCAGCCCCUGCACUCUCAGCGCCUGCAGUCACCAGCAGCAGGUCUCCCUCACUGUUCCUCCCCAUCCCUGAGCUCAGGAGUCAUGGGCCACCUGGUUCCAGGCAGCACCUUGGAGCUCUUCCUCCACUUGGGCGCACGUUGAAUCUGCAGCCAGCUGGGUAGGAUCUGGGGGCUGGAGAAGUGAAGUGUGCUGUCCCUUUUGUGUCCCUGGAUUCCUUCCCUCUGGGCAGCACAUGUUCAGCAGCCAUGAGAAGGUGUCUCGGUGUUAGUGGGGAAGAACAGGCUGCCACAUCCCUGCAUAGUGCCCUGUGCAGCUUUAUUGUGGCCACGGGUAGCUCUGGAUUGGCCCUGAUCCAGGGUGUUGCCUCCUUUGCCUGCUUCCCACACCCCUGUCAGUGGAUGAACGUGCCACAGGAGAUGUUUUGUUGAUGACAGGAACGAGCUGUGAACACCCUGCAAUGAUCAGGGGCCCUGGCUGGCUCUUGUGCUGCUCCUCGGGCAGUGGGGCUGGAGCAUGGUCACCCUCCUCAGUGGCUGCCAGGGAUCGGCCCUCCACUGCCAGCAGCUCCUGCCAGGUGCCCAGCCCGGGUCUGAUGGCUGCAGAGCCUGCCAGGCUUGUGAUCUGCUCACACCUUGGCUCUGGCACAGCCACCCUGAGGGGUCCAGAACACCAUCAGGCUCUGCCCUGGCAGGGAGCCCUGCAGGGUCUGGCUGUCCCCCCAUGUGCUGACACAGCCCUGACCAGCCCUGGGGCUGUUUGGAAUGUCCCUGCUGCUGCCCAGGAACUCAGGGGCCUCUAACCCUCCUGACCUUGAAGCAGUGAGCAAGGAACCAGGAACUUGGAGCAGUGAGCAUGGAACCAGGAACUUGGAGCAGUGAGCAUGGAACCAGGAACUUGGAGCAGUGAGCAUGGAACCAGGAACUUGGAGCAGUGAGCAUGCCCAGGAACUCAGGAGUGCCCAAUGCCCUGCAGGCUGAGCUGGACCCUGGCCCAAGCUGAACUUCUUGCACCCACGGCUGCUGUGCUGGCCAGGUGCUCUCCAGACAGGUGCUGGGGUGACCUGUGAGCCCCCUUUGGAAUUGCUGCAUGGAACUUCUCACAUGUGUGUGCAGGGUCUGGGGACAGACCCAGCCCCUGUUGUUGGGGGAGUGGGACAGAAGCUGGUGACAGCACAGCCUGAGGUGGGACAGGGGUCACAGGACCCUUCCUUUUGUGCAAAACCCCCUCCAGCCUGUCCCAAGGGACAGAUCAAGCCCUGUGUUGCUGCUCUCACCCUGUGCCUUAUGAGGAAAAUCCAGGCUAGCAGAGCCCUGCUCUCAUCUACAGCAGCUCCCCAGGGAUGCUUGGAGAAGCCUGGGAAGGGAGAGGAAGGUCAGCUCUGCUCAUAGAAUUUCUGGGAGUUAAGUGUCAUGUGGGGGGGAGCUUGUUCUGUGUUGAUCAGAAUGUCUGCUCAUGGGGUGCUGCCUGCAGCGGGGCUGGGGGCUCUGGCCAGGUAGUGCCAGGAGGGACUGUGGAGACACUGGCUCAGCUGGGGGGAUCUGGGCUGCUUUCAGGGUGGGAGCUGGUCCUCCCGCCCCAGCACAUGUUUGGAAGGUCUGUGGGAGAGUCGAUGCUACAGCAAAGCUCAGGCUGAGCUCUUCAGGCCACGGGCUUACUGCUGGAGGGGAAACAUUGCCUGUCAACCCCUCCCACUGGGAGCUUUUUCCUCCCCACCCUUCUGGUACUGCUGAUGCUGUCCGGGCCUUUUUUGGCUCUUAGCAGCUCUGGAGCUGGCAGCAGGAAUUGUGCUUAUGUGCUGCAGGCAGGGGCCCUGUCCUGGGCACAGCUCUGCCAGCCUGGCAGCCACAUGGACAAACACUGGACACAAGCCACCCCUGGAUUUUUGUAGGGUUUUUUUUUCCCUUUUGACUACACUGUCAGCCUGGCACUGUGAACUGGGUUUUGUUUUUCUUGAGGGUGUAGUAUGGUCAGAACCACUAAUAAAAGCUGUUUGAACAGCAUCGCUGUGUAUGAGCCAGGGGGUCCUGGGCACAGCAUGGGGGAGGAUUGCAUCAGGGUAAGGGGUUUCUGUGCUGGGGGAUUAAUUCUGUGCUGGGAACUCUCCCCAGCUCCUGUGUCCCUGCAGGAGAUUCUC